CUCCUUCUCACCUCAAAUAAGUUACGCGCUUGCCGGCUCAUUUGUUCGAAUGGGAUGGGGAUGUAGGGAGAGUGAGUGAUCUAGUGAUACCGAUUUGCCAAUAUUUUUAAGGAUUUGUAGGAAAAAAACUAAAAUAUUAUCAAUCAACCAAUUAUUUUUCUUUAUGAUAAACUAUUAAAAAUGUGAUAACAUCUUCUGUUUUGUUGCAUCAAUUAAAGAUGGCUUAAGUUGCAAGAUAAAAUAGUUCGACUUGUGACCUUUUUAAGUUUGCAACGAAUUUCCACUAUAUUAUGGUUCAACACGGAGCUCAAAAUGAAGAUGUAUUGGAUCUUUGGAAACUUACUCUUUUAUAUCUUUUUGUGGACUUUUAAAAUUACGGCAGCGUAUGAGGAAUUUUGCGAAGAAUUUUUUCCUGAAAUGAUGUGUACUUGUGAUGUAGAUUAUUUGCACACAAAAAUGAUGUGUUUUGUACAAUCUGACAUGGAUGAAGAUAAUAAACUUUGGCGAGAAAUGAGCUCUGUUGAAAAUGUAGUAGUUUUAAAACUGAAUGCAAAUUUGCGAGUUAUCAGGUUUACUAAAAUUCCAUCCGAUAGUUUGAGACGGAUGGCUUUUUUGGAACACUUGGAAAUACAGCAAGCCAAUUUGACCGAGCUGAAAUCGUAUGCAAUAUCGGACUUGAAAAUUCUUCGCGUUCUGAAAUUGGAAAACUGUGAAAUUUCUGAAUUGCAAUCAAAUGCCAUCACAAAUUUACCACGCCUAAAAAAAUUAUCACUUAGUGAUAAUCUAAUCGAAGAAAUCAACGCGGAUGCAUUAACUAGUCUUUUGGAACUUGAGAAUCUUUUUCUGGAACGGAAUCGCAUUUCUCGAAUUGGAACUUGCGCAUUUUGCGAUCUUCAGAACUUGAGGGAAUUAAAUUUGUUCGAGAACGAAAUCGAAGAUCUCACCGAGUACAUGUUCCGUGGAAUCCGUCUUCUGACUCGUUUGGAUCUGUCAAAUAAUAAGAUACGGAUUUUGAAUGACAAGAUUUUUCACGCAUUGCCAAAACUGGACGAUUUAGACUUGCAUAGUAAUGCGAUUUACCACAUCGGGCCACGAGCUUUUCAAGGAUUAGAAAAAUUGCGUAGUCUUAAUUUGAAGAUGAACAAAAUCAAAAUGCUUCCGGACGCCGUCUUUAAGUCAUUACCAAGCUUGAGAUCUGUUGAUUUGGAUAAGAAUGAAUUGAUUACCCUUCAGGAGGAAGUUUUGAAGAACAUGGAUAAAGUCAAAGAUCCUCAUUUUUAUUUCCAUGUAUCGAAUAAUUCUUUCGUAUGCGAUUGCAGACUAGCUUGGGUAAAAACAUAUAUUCACCACAAUUACAGUUAUUACUUGACAAAGGAGCUGAUGCAACUUCAGUGCCAUACAGAAGAUGAAAAGCUUUCCAUGCAAUUUGCGCAUAAAAUGAAAAUGGAUUGCAGCAAGUUUGUAGAGCAGCAGAAAACGACGACGACGACAACACCUUGGCCAGUUACAGAGCAACCUGCCAAGUUGGUUCCCUAUGAAAUUCACAAGUCUAAGAACAGAACAAUCAAUGAUUUGUCAGCUGACAGUGAAAACAACGAUAUUAUUCAAGAUAGUGAAGCUAUCGAUAACAGUGAUGAAACUAAUGACUCUGGUCCAUCAGGAUCUAAAGCUGUUGUUGCCGAUUUUAAUUUAAUAAUGUUAGCGACUCUCUUGACUUUGUUUCUGGUACGGAAACGAAAAGGAACGUGUUUUUAAAUAUUGAGAUUAUAGUUUUCAAUGCUUAACAGUUAGGUUUCUGAAAUCUGGUCAAUUUGUUUACAUGAUGGUAGUUCGUUAAAUAAUCCUUUGUGAUUAUGUCGCAGUAUUCGCGGAAUUAUACUCAAUGUUACUAAUUCUUAACCUACAAAUUAUCUGGUUUCCUAAUAAGAAAUCAGGACACUGAUUUGUUUUUUAAGAAUAAAUGAAUGAAUCACACCAUUUCUGAAAAUAUUUUAUCAGGAUAUCAUAAUUUUGGAAAUUGAAUUGUGAUAAACGAAUUGUCAAAGGAAUUUGUAUCAGUUCAUGUCACUGAUAAAGAUAUGAACCAAAGUCAUUUGAGUAAUUCAAUUGUCAUUUUUGUGGGAUUGUACAAAGGUCUGAGACUUUUAACUUCAUUGAUAAAAGAUGGGUAUCAUACUUCGAAGAUUUCCACAGAUUUUUUAAAAGAUUUCUUGAUCAUAAAAGAGAUGAAUUUUUAGAAUGGGUGCCACAGGCUUGUCAGUCUUUUGAAGUAGAAUUUCUAUUAAAUAUAUUUUUCAUAUUUUUUCCUUGAUUUGCAUUAAUUUAGAACAAAAUCGUUUGGAUUUUAUAAUUUAGUACAAAUAUAUUUCUGAUAAUCUAACAGAUUUUUUUAGUAACUUUUAGACUUUUUUUAUGAUUUAAAAAUACCAAAAUAUAUUUUUGCUAAUAAUCAGAGCGUCAGAAAGAAAUAUAUAUAAUAGGGAUACAGAUAUCCCAUCUGCAUCAAAGAGUUAAAGAUAUUAAAAAGGAAUAAUUUUCUUCAAAGAAUUGGUUGAAUGAACUACUUGUUGCUUAUAAUGCUCCUAAAUUUGAAAAAAAAAAAAUAGAUCAGUGUUUUUAAGCAAUCAAUUAAUAUUUUCCUCCACUGAGCUCUUCUUUGACAAAGAAGCUGAAUAGCUUCAGCUCUGUUUUUUGUAUUUGCCACUUAAUUCUUCGUACAAAGGUAGUUAUUGCUUUGUGACGUCAUCAGCAAAGGUGCAAUUUAUUGAACUACUAACGUUGUAUUUAUUCUCUUUAAGUUUUGUUCAUUUUAAGUAUGAAAUGAUUUUGAUUGUAUUUAAAACACAAAUAAAUCGAAUUUAAAACUGUAUUUAAUUUGUUUACCGUAAGUUAAUUGCAAGUGGUUUUUGCAAGUAAUUUAUUUCAAGUUGAUAAAAAAGUAUUUUUAUAUCUGAAAUUUAGAUGUUAGUUAUUUUUUCUUUGCUUUAAAUUUAAUUUAAAAUAAUUGUAAUUAUUAAUUUAUUGCAAAUUUAUUACAUAUUAUUGAAUGAAAAUUGAUAACAAAUAGUAUGAAGAAAAUUGAUUUGUUUAACUUUGGAGUAUUUUUGUCUUUCGUUUUAAAUUUGUAUUAUAUUUAUAUCUAUUUUAAGUUUAUUUGAUGUGAUGCUUGUAAAUAAUUCCUCUAAAAAUAUUAAAAAUGAAUUAUUCUUUUGCGCAAAAUUUGAGUUAGAGCUCUUUUUGUCUUUUGUUUCAUAUUUUAUACCUACUUUCUAGUUGGUUUUGAGUCAAAAUAUUAUGUAAGAAAUGUAGUGUGUUAAUUUCCUUUGCAAAGUUUUUGAAUAGAAUUGUCUAAUUUGGUAUGAGAACAAUUUCUUUUAUAUUAUUACCACUGAUCGCCUUAUAUUAUUAACACUUCUCAUUUCAAUCUUAUAAUUUUAUUUUUUGAACUUUUUUUAUUAUUGAAGUAUUAAAAGAUUCUACAAUAAUUUAUGGUUCUCAUUAUGUUUUGGUAAUAUAUUGCGAUAGCCAACUGAAUUUAAAAGAAGUCAUAAAAUUUACUUUCUAGUAAAAAAUGUAUUAAAUUUGGUGAAAUUUUGCAUAAGACAUGAUUAUUUUAAUUUUACCUUUAAGUGUUUUAUGGAAAUGUAUAUUUUUCUUCAUUACAUCAUCAAAAAGUUAAGCUUUGCAGCUAAUUCUUUUGCAUCAUCAUUAUGUUUUAAAAUUAUAUAUUUUGUUUAAUAAAGUAGACAAGUUUGUCGUUCUGUGCUUGAAUUUGUAACAUUUCUUUUGUUCGAGCUUAAUAACAAACUAAAUUUUGAAAUGCUGU